UUGGUAUCACGGAAAUGGAGGUAGGUUGGGUCAUUGCUCAUUGGUCAAUCUUUUGGUAGGUGAACUUUGAUCCUCCAUCUUAACUAAUUCCUGCAAGUAACUCAGACGAAGGAAACCAACGAAACCCAGUUUCCAUUUUUGUUUUUUAUUUUUUGGGAGAAUUUAGAAAAAAGAAGAAAAAUAAUAUUCUCUUAACAUGGGUAUUUACUCGACCGUGAUGGAGGCGGUGACGGAGGCGACAGGGUUAUCCCCGACGGCGUUCUUCACAAUCCUGGCAAUGAUGGUGGUUGUGUACAAGAUAGUGUGCGGCAUGUUUUUGGGUCCCGAAGAUUUUCGUCAAAAGCCUCAAAAAGAGCCAAUUCAGGUCGGAGAUAUUACGGAAUCAGAGUUAAGAGCUUACGAUGGUUCGGACCCCAAAAAGCCUCUCCUAAUUGCCAUCAAAGGCCAGAUCUACGACGUCUCUUCCUCCAAGGUGUUUUAUGGGUGUGGAGGGGCUUAUUCGAUGUUUACAGGGAGGGAUGCGAGCAGGGCAUUGGCGAUGUUGUCGUUUAAACCUGAGGACCUGACGGGGAACCUCGAAGGCUUGAGUGCUGAGGAGCUUAGUGUGCUGGAGGAUUGGGAAUGUAAGUUCCUGGACAAGUAUCCCAUUGUUGGACGGGUUGUUCAACCAUCAAAUACCUCUCAAAAUGGAGAUGGACUUCACAUUCACCACAAUGAUACAAACGGACAUCAACAACAACAAACCAAGGAUGAUUGAUUCCAAGCUUCAAAAAUGUCCUGCUGUACCAAUUUGUGGAAUUAUGCUUUUAGGUUCCACUAGUUUUGGGAAUGGAUAGACGAGGGAAUAUUUAUGUAAUUAAUGUUCUUUUUUUCUUUUACAUAAUAAUCAUAAAUGAGUCGACCAGGCAGUACUAUUCUUGGAAAAUACCAAAAAAGAAACUUUCCAUAA